CCGUACUGUGCGCGCGAGCGGAGACCAUCAGCAAUGGUUGGGACAGGUCCUAGCGGUUAUGCUUCCGACGGGCUUGGCACCAAAAACCAAGAAGGGAUUGAAAGACUCCAUUGACAAUGUCCUGGCUGACCUCCUGGGGGAUGACAUGACGCUACCAGAAAAGCCUGUUAAACCAGCUUCACGUGCCAGAGACGCCACAGGUGAAGCGCAAACACUCUCUUCUUCAAGGCCAAGAACAAAGUCCCUCCUGGAAGACAAUGCCUUCAGCACUGUGGCAGGCCUGGCAGAAGCUGAUGCUGAGGUUUCGGACAUUUCCGAGGCAGACCCACACGUUUUGCUCAAGACCAUAAAGGAUCUGGAUGACUUGGAUGCUGAUAUCUUAGGUCUACAGAAACCUAAUCGGACUUCCAGUAAGAGAACUGCAAAGGGUUCUGGGAAGGAAGAGGUCCUGAGAAGUCCCAAACAUCCUGGGGACACCAGUUCCAUCAAGAAGCCACCGUCCUAUCCCAGUAGCUUUGGGCACCAGCACAAGAAGUUUCCCUUUGAAGACUUGGAAGACCCAUUGGCAGGACUCCUCUCUGAUGAAGAGGAAGAACUUGGCAAGAAGCUACCUGAGACAAAGACUAAACCAGCUACUGAAAAGAGCUCUACUCCACUUGGGGAUCAAGGUCCCUCUGGUCUUCUGACUCCAGGGGACACCCCCAUCCGAAAGAAGGAAGAGACACUAUUUGAUGAUGAGGAUGACAUCAUGGCCACACUGGGGUUUGGAGACAGCCCCACAUCAGAGAGGAGGCAGACAGGAGACCAGGAAGGACCCCGCCCCGCUCGCUCCAAGCUGGAUGAGCUGCUGGGUAGAGGCACUGCCACCAAGCUCCUGGCCCGCCCAGUCACUGGAGAACGCAGGGAAUUCAAACUGGACAAGAAGUACAUGAGGCCACAAGACAAAGAAGAUGCAUGGGAUGAUGAGGACUUCACCUUUGGGGCCUAUCAGCCCACCUUGGCUUCUUCUGAGGGUCGGCAGUCCCGCCGACAGUCAAUCAGUAGGUUCUUAGCAGAAGGUGGUGCAGACCUCAAGGGAGAACCAGGCUCCAAACAGAGCACCCCAGUGGCUUCCAGCCCUACCCACCCUAGGAAGGGGGGCGCUGACUGGUUGGGCCUCAAGGAUGAUGACUCAGAUCUGCUCCCUCCUUCCCCCACAAGAGAGACUGGAAGGGGAGGGUCGGCACUCUCCACGACCCCAGGACUUGGUCCCAAGAGCCAGCCCUCCACCUCAGGCCAGAACUCUGCCCCUGCUGGAUUGCCCUCCUCCUUGGGGACAAAGCCACCAACCAGGGGUACAGGUUCCCCUGCCAAAGCCAUCCAGACUUCUAAGUACAAAGCAUCGGAGGAGAAAGGAGAGGAGGACUGGCUGAGCCAGGCCUUGUCUCGGAAGAAGUCCCGAGAUCUGACUAGAGAGGAGUGCCCUGUGGCUGCUGAGAACCUGACCUCAGUGAGGGCAGCAGGCCGUCCCAUUUCUGGCAGCCAGCCUGCUGCCCUCACACAAGAGCUCGAGCCCACAGCUUCUGGAGGGAGCUCAGGAACAGCAGCCCAGAAGCCAUCGGCCAGACCUGACCCCGUAUUUGGGGCAGAGGGAGUUGAGAGGUCCCCCAUGACUGUGAACCAGCCUGCCUUGGCCCUCCAUGCAAGUGAGCCACAGAGACCAGUCCCCAGAGACCUCUCCAGUACUGAGCCUGCAGUCCAUUUGCCGAGUUCCCAGGAACCCCCAUGGCUUUCUGUGCCUGUCCAGGUGUGGCCAUCGCCUCUAGCCCCUGAACCUGAGGAGGCCCUGCCCUCCAGGAGCAUAUCCCUGGAGCCCAAAGUGAUUUUGGAGAAGCCCCUACUGCCAGAGCCCCUGGCACGGAGCCUGCUGCCAGGCACGGAAUACCAGAAGCAGCUCCUGGCUGCACAGGCACAGCUUCAGAGUGGCACCGCCGAGCUCCAGGCCCAGCUCCUGCAGAAUCAGGCCCGGCUGGCUGAGUUGGAGGCCCAGGUACGGAAGUUGGAGCUGGAGAGGGCCCAGCAGAAGCUGCUUUUGGAGAGUCUGCAACAGAGACAUCAGGCUGACCUGGAGCUUAUUGAGAGCGCCCACAGAAACCGCAUCAAGGUGCUAGAAACAUCAUACCAGCAACGGGAAGAGCGACUACAGAGAGAGAAUGAAGAACUGUCCACCCGCUUUUUGUCGCACUGCCAGGAAGCCGAGCAGGCCCGCACCGAGCUCACAGCCCAGCACCAGCGGCGCUUGGCAGCUGCUGAGCAGGAAAAGGAUCAGGAGAUGGAGCGGCUUCGGGAACUGCAGCGGGCCUCCAUUCUCGAGAUGCGAAAGGACCAUGAGGAGCAGCUUCAGCGCCUCAGACUGCUGAAGGACCGCGAGAUCGAUGCUGUCACCAGCGCUACUUCCCACACAAGAUCCCUGAAUGGUGUCAUCGAACAGAUGGAGAAGUUCUCCAGCAGCUUGAACGAGCUGUCCUCCCGGGUGGAGGCCUCGCACGUCACCACUACCCAGGAGCGGGAGCUGGGGAUCCGCCAGCAGGAUGAGCAGCUCCGAGCACUGCAGGACAGGCUGGGGCGGCAGCAGCGGGACAUGGAGGAAGAACGGAGCCGACUGCAUGAGAUCAUCGGGAAGAUGGAGGCGCGUCUGAAUGAGCAGAGCCGGCUGCUGGAACAGGAGCGCUGGCGGAUGACUUCAGAGCAGUCCAAGGUGGAGUCCACACAGCGUGCCCUAGAGGAGCAGAGGAAGGUCACAGCCCAGCAGAUCGCCAUGGAGCGGGAGGAGCUGGAAAGGGCCAAGAGUGCCCUGCUGGAGGAGCAGAAGGCCGUGAUGCACAAGUGUGGGGAGGAGCGGCGGCGCCUGGCAGCCGACUGGGCAGAGUUCUCUGCGCAGCAGAAGCUGAGUAAGGAGCGGGCUGAGCGCGAGGCGGAGCGGGCGCUGCAGAUGGACACCCAGCGGGAGGGCACCCUCAUCAGCCUGGCCAAGGAACAGGCAGAGCUCAAGAUCAAAGCAAGCGAGCUUCGGGCCAAGGAGGACCAGCUGGCAGCCGAGCGGGAGGCCCUGGAGCGGGAGCGGCGGGACCUGAGGCUGGAGAAGGAGCGGAUCAGCGCUGCUGCCCUGCGCCUCCGACUCCGGGCUGAGGAGGUGGAGGGCAUGAGCCAGGUGGCCUCAGAUAAGUACGAGGAGGGGGAGCGGGCGCUGCGUGAGGCCCGGCAGGUGCAGUCUGAGCAGCAGGCCCGGCUCCAGAGGGUGCAGCAGCAGCAGGAGCAGCUGCGGAAGCAGGAGCAGCAUGUGCACCAGGAGCAUCUGAGUCUGGCCCAGCAGAGGUUCCAGCUGAACCAAGUCCGACAGGACCUGCCUUCCAACCCCAUGAGACUGUUGCCUCAAACCCAGGGCCUGGCAGCCUCCAGCCUAAAUGCCAUCGUGACUCCUGCUCCCACUGCUCACUGCCUCCAGACACCAGCCGGCCCAGUCCCCUCACACCUCCACGCCAAACUGGUGCUGCUGAAACACACGGCCAAGCAGGACCACGACUUUUUGGAGAAUGAACAGUUCUUCCUGGAGACCUUAAAGAAAGCCUCCUACAACCUGACAUCUCAGUCUAUGUGAAGGGCUCCGCUGCCUCCUCACCAGAAGCCUCAGACCCAGAACUCCUUCCAUUGCCCCUGGCUGCCAGCUCCAAGCAGGGGUCACCCUGGGAAGGCUCUGCAAUGCCACGCUUGAUUACAGUUCUUCCUGUGGGUGGGGUGCAAGUGUGUUCUCCCCACAAGGAGCCAUGGCUGCGUCCCCAUUCCUCAAGGUGCUAAGAAAGGCUCAGCCUCACAAUACCACCAACACAGACUUGCUCCUCUGCCCUGGAAGGCUCAGCUCAGAUCCCAGGGUCUGGGUGGAAUCUGAACCCCUCCCCUCCUCUGCAGCAGGUGGUUUGGGGGCUCUUCACUUGGGUGUCUUUGGAGGGGAGAGGGUCUUCUUGACGGGGAACCAUGGGCAGCUUCCUCCCAUAGCUUUCUGGAGAGCAACAAAGACAGCAUAAUCCUCCCCAGUGGGGCUGGAGAGUGGGGCCACAAACUGUAAAUGGCAUUCUUGUUUCCUGGCCCAGGGGUGGGAGCAGGGAGGGUUUGUACCCAGGCCACUUUACCUCCAUGCCCGCUGUCCAUUUGGGAUUUAGUCAGCCCCUCACUUUAGGUGGAUCACAAAGUCCCCACCUCCUUCCAGCUGCCUGCAGAAUUGACAGGCUCAGCAUGGACACUGAAGCCUCAACACUGGAAGCCUUCUAGUUGGUCCCAGAACUGGAGUGGGAAGUUGUGGGUCUCUUGGGAGGCUAUCCAAUAAAUAAAGAUAAUAAUAAAAAAAUAAAAAAUUUUAAAAAGGGUAGAUAGCAUAACGGUUAUGCAAA